AUGCUCUGCUCCGUGUGCCUCGACAUUCCCUUUGACAAACUCCCAGAAUUCCCCCAGACCUAUUAUACCCCCUGGGUCAGCUGGAAGUACAUCAUCCCGUACAAUCUCGACUACCGGGCGCGAAAUUCGCGGCGGCGCGGCGGCGUCCUCGGCUUCCCUCACCACCCGGACCUGCAGGCCCUGCGCAUCUCCGCCGCAGACUGCGACCUGUGCAGACUCAUCUUGGAGCAGGUCGACCUCGUCUUUGACGAGUUCCGCGCCGUGCACAACGACAGGGUCUUCCGCGACUACCACCGAGACGGGUACCCGACGGGCAGCCUGUUCCUGGCGCGGCGACGCGACACGGGCAAGGGAUUCUUGGUCCUCAGCCACAGCGACGUGAGGGAUACGGUGUUUCUCCUCGGCGCCAUCGGCCUGGCGGUGCCGGAAGGCAAGAUGCGAAUGUGA